GCCUGGGGUCGCCGACCCCUGAGUGGGAGACGCCUCAGGGAGCUGUGGGGGCGCCUCAGGGGCCAGGCUGGGCGCUCAGGGGGGCCAGGUGUGCCUGGAAGGGCAGGGCAGCCCGAGUUUCCUUCCCACGUUUUGUUUAACCUGCUUGGCUUGAAGCGGGGCUCUGUGUCUUUCCAGGAAAUUGAGGCACUGGCGUGGGAUUUGACCUCUGCCUCAGAGCAGCUGGAUUUUGAAUGCUCUCUGGAGUUCCCUUGUUCAUUCCCUGCAGCUGGAAUAGCCCUCAAGCUGGGACCUGAUCACUUGAUACCUCAGAUCUGAAGCCUGUACUUGAAGCCUCAGGGCUCAAGCUCCACACACUCCCGGUGAAGUUCUGCCUCUGGUCGCACCAUAGCUUCUUGUCCGUCAAGAUUCAGAUUCCGUUGGAGAUGCCCAGGGUAAAAACGAUUGCAGAUUUCUACCUGCUUCUGGGUAAUUAGGGUACCAAAAACCCACAAAGCACUGCCUCUUCUGGUCUUUUUUGGGGGUGGAACUAAUACAGAAGAAUGCAUUGAUCUCUCCACCUCGAGACCUCCAGUACUUGAACUGAAAUCCCUGAGCCUGAAAUCCCUGCCCGUACUUCAGCUUUAGUAUUCGGAUAUAUUGUGAAGGACUUUUGCAAUCUUUAGCUGAACCUGAUAUUUUAAGGUACAGUUUCUGUGUACUCAGGGUACGUGCGUCUUUUCAAACUUUGAACUGUUUCUUGUUACCUCCUGAAGUGAAGAUGGGACUCUAAAGGAUCUCCUGAAGACCUGCAUUUUCUCCCUACCUGUCAAAAAUCCAAAAUAUAGACAUAGAGGAUUGAAGCCUGUGAAACUACCUAUGAAAUCUGUUGAACAAAUGUAGGAAAUUUGUUCCUCCUGAACUGUUUAAAAAUUCGAAGCAAGAUGCCUGCAUCUUUGACUUUGUUUCCUGCCUUUGGGGAAGGAAAUUCAUUUCGACUUUUUAUGCUGGAGAAGUUUUGCUCUCAUCUGGGUUGCUUUACAUGAUCUGAGAGGUCUUCGUGUUAGAGCUCCUGGGGAAGCAAAACCUCGCUGGACACACCACCUUGAGGCUCUGUGAUGGGACUGUGUUGCCCUCCAGGAGGCCCAUAGCUUGCUCAUUCCAGAAAGCGGGAAGCGACGGAGGGCCCUUUCUCAUGUGAGCAAUGGCUGAGGAAGAUGCUGCCCAGACCUGUGAACAGUCCACUGGGCAGGAGGAACGUCCGUACAAGUGCAAGCAGUGCCCACGGAGCUAUCGCCAUGCCGGUAGCCUGGUGAACCACCGGCGCACUCACGAGGUGGGUCUCUUCCCCUGCUUGCUGUGCCACAAAGAUUUCUCCAAUCCCAUGGCCCUCAAGAGUCAUCUGCGCAACCACACGGAAGAGAAACGCCACAAGUGCCGGGACUGCGGCCGGGGCUUCCGGAUCUCAUCCCAGCUCAGCAGCCACCGCUGUGUGGCUCACACCACCCGGGACCAGGAGGAGGAAGAGGAGGGGAGUUACCGUGGGGGCUGCACCUCCCAAAGGGGCCAGGAUACCUCUUCUUCUGAUGCCGAUACCUACUCUGGAGUGGAAGGUGGUGGGAGCCUGCUGACCAAUCUGGAAAAGUACAUUGCGGAGUCGGUGGUGCCGGCAGACUUCUCUCUGCUGGAGAUCUCCAUGAAGCGCGAGUCAGAAAAAGAGGAUAUGCUCCAAGUGCAGCCGGGGGAGAAGGAUACGGGGCUCCAGGGUGCCGUAGUGGAAGAGCGGCGCUUCAAGUGCAACCAGUGCGACAAGGCGUACAAGCACGCUGGCAGCCUGACCAAUCACAAGCAAAGCCACACACUGGGUGUGUACCAGUGCGCUAUGUGCUACAAGGAGUUCUCCAACCUCAUGGCGCUCAAGAGCCACACUCGCCUCCACUCGGAGUAUCGGCCCUACAAAUGCCGGUUCUGCCACAGAGCUUUCCGGCUGCCUUCUGAGCUGCUGAGCCACCAAAAAGCUCAUGACCAGGAAGAAAACGAAGCAUCCGGCCGGCUUACCUGGGAUGGCUCAGAACACGGCAUCUGGGCGGAGGACUCCAUUGAGACUUCGGCAAAGCUGGAUAUUUACCAGCCUCCACCAGCAGGCACUCACUUUGGGGACAGUGCCCCUUGUAGCCUCAAAGACACUUCCAAGGCAGGAGGCGGAGAACGUUGCAACCCAGAUGGGGAGCUUUGCAUCCGCUGUGGUGGGACAUUUGCUGAUGAGGAGGAACUGAAAGGGCACAGCUGCCUCUACCCGGAGGAGGCAAAUGAAGAGGAGGGUGGCAGUGGCACGCCUUCCCGGCUAGCCCCUAGCGCCAAUGGGAUGUGGGGAACGAGUUUAAAAGGUGAGGAAGGCUAUCCCACGUUGGAGGAACGGCCCUUCCGCUGUGAGGAUUGCGGCAGGACUUACCGGCAUGCGGGGAGCCUCAUCAACCACAAGAAGAGCCACCAGAUAGGGGUGUACAGCUGCAGCGUCUGCUCCAAACAGCUGUACAACCUGGCUGCCUUGAAAAACCACCUGCGAGUCCACCUCAAAUCCAAGCUUGAGUUGUCUGUGCCAGAGGAAGUCUCCCAGCACCCUUCUGCUGUCCCGGACUUAAAUCAAGAAGAGGACAGCCCCGGAGAGCCCGCAGACUGCCAUGUACAGUCGCCAGAUGUCUGGGGAGGAUCUUCCUGUCCAAAAGAAGAGGAAGAAAGAGGUGGCGGGGAGGAAGAGCGGCCUUACCGGUGUGAGGAUUGUGGGCGGAGUUACCGACAUCGUGGCAGCCUCGUGAACCACCGCCACACCCACCAGACAGGGGUGUUCCAGUGCUCCAUCUGCCCCAAGCAGUACACCAACCUCAUGGCACUCAGGAAUCACGUCCGCGUGCAUUUGCGAGCGGCCCGUCUGAGCAGCAGAGAGCAAGCCGACGGCAUAACCUGCAGCAGCUGCGGAGAGAGCUUUGAAGAGGAGGCCGAGUUCCAGCUCCACCAGUUGCGCCACCUGUCCUGCAGCGAGGACAUAGAGGCAGCCGCCAUUCCGGGGCUCAGUGGCUUUCACCCCCAGGAGGCUGAUCUUCUUCAGGCCAUCAAGCAGGACGUGGAAGCCCUAGAGAAUGGUACAGCCGUGGCCGAGGAUGUCCUUCCUUCCUCCGAGAUGCCGCACGCCUGUAACCAUUGCAGGAGGACUUUUGCCAGUGUGGCCAGCCUACAGAAUCACAGCCUGCAGCAUGGCCCUGACAGGGAGCAGCCUGAUGGAGUGGCCGAGAGGGCUGAGUCCCCCGUUCCUCUCCAGCGGCUCUACGGGUGCGAUCUGUGCGGCAAAUCGUACCGGCACUCGGGGAGCCUCAUCAAUCAUAAGCAGACUCACCAGACGGGUGACUUCAGCUGCUCGUUUUGCGGCAAGCACUUCCAGAACGUCGCCUCUCUCAAGAGUCACUUGCGGGGGCAUCAGAGGCCAAGGAGGAGCCACUCUGGGACAGCAGGGGUGACCCGUGAGGAUGAGGGUGCCGAAGCUGAAGAAGGAGCUGCCUUGCCUGGGAUGCCGCCCUUGGGUGAGGAGGCCAGACACAGUUGUGACCUUCUGGGAGAUGGUGGUCUAGUGAAUGGCUGCCAGCCACAGCUGGAUGUUCCCUCGCCACCCCCAGGAAGCACAGAGGAGCCCACCUUCCUUUGCGAACAGUGCGGGGUGUGUUUCGACCAAGCCGGCAGCUUGGAAUGCCAUAAGCAGACCCACCAGCUGGGCAUUUUCCAGUGUUCCCUCUGCCCCAAAGAGUAUCCCAGUCUCUUAGCUCUGAAAAACCACUUCCACGGACACACCAAGACCACGGCCUCAAGCCAUGGCAGCCCCGGUGGGAACGAUGGUGCCGAGGAGAAGCCUUUCCUCUGUACCCUCUGUGGCAUGAUCUUUCCCAAUGAGGAAGAUCUCCAGGAGCAUCAUAACGUCGUGCACGAAGAGGGCGAAGGGCAGGGCGGUAGGCAGGACGCAGAGCUAAAAACGGUUGCCAAGACAGAGGCGGCGGAUCCAGGGGAGGAUCAACUGCUCUCUCACAUCUGCGGCUAUUGUGGGCAGACUUUUGAUGAUAUGGCGAGCUUGGAAGAGCACAGCGAGGGGCAUCAGGAAGAGAAGGCUGCCGCCUUGGCGGACACUUCUGUCCAGCUCAGACGGGCACCGCGCUCGGAGGCGGAUCAGCCACGCUUGUCCCCCAGGGAAAUCUCAGCUACUGCCAGUGAACCUUUGGACGAGAGGCCCUAUGCCUGCGGUCAGUGUGGCAAGACUUAUCGGCACGGUGGCAGCCUGGUCAAUCACAAGAAGAUCCACCAGAUCGGGGAUUACCAGUGUGGCACCUGCUGCCGACAAUACCCCAAUCUCUCUGCCUAUCGGAACCACCUCAGGAACUAUCCAAAAUGCAAGCUGAAUGGCAGCGUGCCGGAAAUCCGACCGCCAGUCCCCAUAAGAGGAGAUGGCCCAAGUGUUGGUCAUCAGACAGAUGAGCUCCCUGCCGGCAAAGUUCUGAAGCGUGAAGAGGGAAAAGAUCCACCAGAAACAUCCUCCUUUUUGUCCCCUGGGGGAGAUCAAAGAUCAGGAGAAGAGGCAGUGUUGAACUCUAGCCAGUCAGAGGAGAAAAAUACUCAGACAUGCGACAUCAAUGGGGAGGGACAUGAAGAAGCAGCAGAGCUAGAGGCCCCUCAAGUGCUCCGUUUGGCCGAAGUGAAGCAGGAGGAGAUAGUGGUGAAAGAGGAAGAAACAGCCACAGGAGGGGAGGAAGACGGCAGCCCUGGCACCGAAGAGGAGGGCUCCCCGUCCGAGCGCCCCUUCCGGUGUGAAGUGUGUGGGCGCAGCUACAAGCACGCAGGGAGUCUGAUCAACCACAAGCAGACGCACAAGACGGGUCUUUUCCAUUGCAGCAUCUGCCAGAAGCAGUUCUACAACCUCAUGGCCCUCAAGAACCACAAUCGCACUCACUUUGAAACCAAACGCUACCGCUGCCUAGAGUGCCCCAAAGCCUUCCGCCUGCAGAAGCAGCUGGCCAGCCAUCAGCGGGUCCAUCGUGAUCGAAAACGGGACCCCUUGUCUCAUCUCUCCAGGAGGCUCUCUCACACCAGGCGGACAGGCAAGAGCGAGAAUUCCACCCAUCUCCCUAAUGCCACCAAACUUUCUCCGGAUCCUGAAGAACGCCCUUACCGGUGUGGGGAGUGUGGGCGUACCUACCGUCACGCGGGCAGCCUCCUUAACCACCAGAAGAGCCACAAGAUCGGCUCCUUCACCUGCACACUGUGCAACAAGGCAUACCCCAAUCUGAUGUCUCUCAAAAACCACCAGCGUAUCCACUAUGAAGUCAAACGCCACCAAUGCCUAGAUUGUGGGAAAGCUUUCAAGUGGCAGCGGCAGCUGCUGAGGCACCAGCGCCGACCUCAUCCCUGUGGCAGGAGCGCACUCGGGCAAGAGCAGGAGAGGGGAAGCGGUCGUGUGGAAUCUCCCCUCGGCCCUUUCCACUGCCUCUUAUGCUCGAAGCAGUUCCCGAACCGCACCUCGCUAAGGAACCAUGCCCGCAUGCACACCAAGAAACGUUUUGAAUGCUCAGAGUGUGGCAAGACUUACCGGGCAUCUCGAGAUCUGGCACGCCACCUCAGGAGACAUCAGGUGGAGGCAGAGGAUACCAAGGGGGGCUCCUCCUCACCCCGUUAUCUGAACACUGGUAAGCCACCGGAGGAGCGGCCCUACAAAUGUAACAGUUGUGACCGGACAUACCGCCAUGCCGGCAGCCUCCUCAACCACAAGAAGGCCCAUGCCACUGGCCUUUACCGCUGUCCCACUUGCCAGAAGGAAUUCUAUAACCUCUUGGCCCUCAAAAACCACCUUCACAUCCACACAGACAAGAAACGCCACCGGUGUCCUCAUUGCUGCAAAGCCUUUCGAACUGCCAGGCGCUUGGCCACCCAUGCCAAAGUCCAUGGCGGUCCCAAAGAGGAAGGGACUUCUUUUGCCUGCGCUGUCUGUUCCAAGAGGUUCUUCCACCAAUUCAGCUUUCGGCAGCAUCAGCUGACACACACCAAGGAUGAUGGACACUCUGCCGCUGGAGAUGUUCCUACAAGGGACGUGAGCUGAGGGUGUAAGCAUGUUUGUUAAUGUGUGCCAAGGACAACACAGCGAACUGAGCAGGCUGCAAAGAAGUAGGACAGGCUAGGUGGAGAGAUGUCUCCAGUGGGCAAAAAUGGUCCACGUGUGGAAAGGGAGGAAGGGAGAGAAGGAUGUACAGCAGCAUAUCUGGGGAUAAAGAGGCACACCAACUGGAUGAAAAGAUAGAGGAAAUUAGGUGCACGGUUCCCUGUUCUCUGUAGAACAUUCAGUCAGUGGCUGAAUGUUCUCCCUUAAUGGAAUGUUGCAUUCAGCACUCCCAACUGGACCUCCUUUGUGUCCCUGGAAAAUGUCCCCCGAUGGCCACAUAUGCCCUUUUGGGGGAUGUCUUGGAUCCUAUUCGGAGACCUGAGUUUUAGCACCUUGGAACCUUUCAAGCAUGUGCUUAAAACCCCAUUGAGUCUUCAGGGGUUUAAAAAAAAAAAUUUAAAUCUGUUUUGAAAACCAGAUGAGUAGCAGCCCCCGAGUCUUAGCCACUGCUGGUAUUUAAAUAAUUCCUUAAAAAAAAUCUCAAAAGUACUGUCCUAAAAGUGGAAAGGAGGGGGGAACUUAGUUUAGCUGUUCAAAGAUAACCACAACCCCUUGGUAUGGAUUUAGAUUGGUGCCUCCUUCCCUGGCAAAACGACAACAUUUCUUGGGGCAGGAAAGAAAGUUUUGAAAACUUGUCGAAACUUGAAAAAAAAUGUAUGUCUCCUUUUUAAAAAGUUUUUAAAGAUAUUAAUUAAAAGAUGAACCUGUUAAUUAGAAACUGUUUCUAGAAGCAACUCACUUAAAAUGUUGUAUGUUUGAGUAAACAAGUUAUUUUCUGCAAAACGGUACAACCUACCUAUUGAACCCAUGUUGCCCAUUAAACUUAACAGUGCUGUACAAGAGCACAGAAAAUUAAAAGUCUGUCUUCCAAAACCCAUUGGACGCGUUCUUUACAAUCCUAAUCCUAGGGAGGGAAAUGGUUCUGUCUGCCUGUGCGUAUUCCUAUUCCUCUGCUCUGCAUUCACCCCCUUCCCUAGCCUGUUGUCAAAGGCCCUUCAGAAUGGAGGGUGGAGGGGCACAAAUUUGCCUGUAUCAAGAGACAAUCUGGCGUCUUGCAGUGGGCAAGCAUUUCAGAACAACAAGACAAGGGAUGGAGGGCAAUUCAGCACUCUUCCAGCUCCAGGAAGCCUUCGAGUCUCUGGCAGUUUGUGUAGGAGAAAGUGGCUUGAGGUUUUUGGUGGCUUUUCCUCAGUCAACCUCUUAAUCCUAUUAUUUGAAUGGCAUCCCCCCCACACACACACACACCCUUUUCUGGCUCCUUUCAAGAUUUAAAACCAAUUUCUGAAUUCAGCGUAAUCUCUUGCAAGAGCUCUGCUGGGGCUAUACCACUUCAGCUAGGACAGGUUUUUGGUAUCUCCCUCUAGCUGACAUUCAGCUUUUUCACAGAUGUGCUAAGCUAGAACAGUUCUCUCCAGCGUGUGUGUGUUUUGUAUCAUCAGUAAGAUAUUUUUUUUAAAAAAACAGGAAGAACAUUUAAACACAUCACCUUCCAAUAUGGUGUCGUCUUAACAGGGCUCUUUUACAUGAUUGUUCUAUGGAUAGGUUGGCUCUUGCCACAUCUAAAAUGUGCAAACGGGAUGGUGGUGAUUGUAUCAAUCAGUCCUUAGAGCCCGGGGCAGGGGUCCAGGAAGGUUUUUUUUAAAAAAAAUCUUCCAACUCUGAGGCCUAGAACAUUUUCCAUGGCUGGUUUUUGUCUUCUGGUAGUAGUAGAUGUGGUCCGAAGGACUGUGAAGUUCCUGUGCUGGGCAGGUCAGUCUUUAGCCUCUAGGCGGAACUCAGCAUGUUGCAGAUAAACUCGUGGGCCAAACCCUUCGAACAGAAGCCAUCCAAAUUCCUCAGCCACUCACUUCAGUUAAAGAUUAGCAAUUUUGAAAUAGUUGAGAAUUUUCAAUUUGUGAACGUUUUGUAGGAUUUCUAACAUAGCUGGGUAAAUUUUUUUAAAAUUGUGGAGGGAGGGUCAUAUGUAUGUUUUUUAAUUGUUUGCUGAAACAUGUCCCCCCCCUCCUCUAGUUUUUAUUUUGACACCCGAUUGUACUAAAUGUUCAAGUCCUAUUUCAUGCUGCUGUUUAUUUAUGUUUUGGUUCUUGUAUAAGGAAAAAACCCUCGUCAGUUUUCCAGGACUUCGUAGUAUUUCUCUUCCCACAACCGCCCCCCCCCUUUAUCAUUCCAUGUUUAAAUAAAUAUCCCUUAGUGAGAAUGUUCCUGCAACAAGCGUAUUUAAAGAAGAGGGGGGGACCCAGGUCUAAAUCUACUGGUGUUCCCUCUUCUGCCAGCCAUGGCAAGACUAUGUCCGGCUCCCCUAGAUUACCCUUCUAGACCAUGCCUUGCUCAGAGAUGCAAAUAUCUCCCCACCACCACCACCUUAAUAGGACAGAAUAAAUUCCUACAGUAUCUGGCGACCCCUGGUGUCCAUACCUGAGCUGUGCCACUUAAAAAUACUGCAAAUAAAUUGUUCUUGGUUUCUUUUUUAAAAAGCA